AUGUCCUCCACGGAUUUGGUGAAGGCAAUGGUUUACUUCUCUCAGACUCUCAUUGGAACGUUGGGGAAUUUAUUUCUUCUUUGCCACUGUUUUUAUCUUCAUUUCACUAAAUUCCAAUUAAGUUCUACAAAUCUGAUUCUCAAGCACCUGGCUGUAGCCAACUCCUUGGUCAUCCUGUUUAGAGGAGUUCCAGAAACAAUGGCAGCGUUGGGCUUGAAAGAUUUCCUCAGUGACCUUGGAUGCAAACUUGUAUUCUAUGUUCACAGGAUAGGCAGAGGUGUGUCCAUUGGUAACACCUGCCUUUUGAGUGUUUUCCAGGUUAUCACGAUCUGCCCUAUCAACUCCAGGUGGGCAAAGUUAAAGUCAAGAACCCACAAGUAUGUACGCAUCUUCAGUAUCCUCUGUUGGAUCUUCCACAUGCUGUUAAGCAUAAUAGUUCCUUUCUGUGUUACUGACAAAUGGCACCAUAUAAACAUCACAUACCAAAAAGAGUUUGGAUAUUGUUCCAGUAUUCACCACAAGAAAUCUAGGACAAUCAUGCAUACAGCACUGCUGUCCCUUCCCGAUGUGUUAUGUGUGGUGCUCAUGCUCUGCACCAGUAGCUCCAUGAUUUCCAUCCUGUACAGGCACAAUCUAAGAAUGCAACAUAUGCACAUGACCAACAUGACAUAUAGAUCCUCCCCUGAAACCAGGGCCACCAAAACCAUCAUUCUCUUGGUCAGCACUUUUGUCUGUUUUUAUUCACUCUCCCUAAUUUUCCAUGCUUUCUUUAUUUUCUAUAACAAUCCUAACAGGCUCCUUGUGUGCACUGCUGCAGUAGUCACUGGGAGCUAUGCAACUGUCAGCCCUUUCCUGCUCAUGAAGCACUACCCCAGCAUAUCUAAUCUCCUUGACUGUAUAAGGAAAACCAAAACCUGUCAUAUUAUGAGGAGCAUAUAA